AAUCAAUGAUUGGUGAUGUGAAUUUAUUUUUAAAUGAUCUUGAUGAUAUUCAUUGUGGUGAAAUUGAAAUCAUGAUUCCUCAAGCUACAGAACGACAUAAAGGUUAUGGAAUAGAAACAUUGUAUACAUUUAUUCGUUAUGCAAUUGAAACACUGAAUAUAACUCGAUUUGUAGUUAAAAUUGGUCUACAAAAUUUACCAAGUAUUAAUUUAUUUACAAAAAAAUUACAGUUUCUAGAGAUUGAAAAAUCAGAAGUAUUCCAAGAAACUACAAUGGAACGACGUGUGGAUAAUGAUUUCAUCGAAUUGCUACAUAGUAAAACACCUAAUUAUGAAAUUGAUUCGUAUGAGAACUUAAUUAUCAAUAAAACAAUCUGA